AUGAAUCAUGCGCUGGUAUUUAAUGGUGGCAGCUCCAGCCCCGGCAGCUAUUGGGAAGAAGCGAUCAGUCUCGUCGUUCGGCUCGGUACGCUGCUGCAAACAUUAGUCAUCCCGCUGCUGCUGGUGAUCGGGGCGCAAUUUGCGGUACAGCUGUAUAACGGCGUCCGCCGGGAGGCAGAGCGGCUGCUCGAACGGCACGUCGAUGCAUUGCAGCGCGACCGCCAGCGGCUGAUAGAGGAGAUCAAGCUCGAUCUGCUGCGGACGCUCAACAACAAAGGAGCGAAGGAGGAUGAGGAGUCACCGGCGCAGAAGGCUUCCGAGGCAGAGUGUGAUUAUCGUAGUAGUACCAUAAAGCAGUCGGAAUGUGCAUCGGAAAAGCCAACCAUCAUCUCACCCGCACUGUCAUCCACGCCGAGUUCUGGCUUUGUAAAGAAUGGCAGCACAACAACGGGCAGAUCUAAUCAGACCCCAUUGGAGCGGCGACGACCGGCAACAUCGCCCUCCUCCACCAAAGCCACCGAAUGGAUCCCGACCCGCCGCCACCGGCUGGAUCGCAAAGAAUGCAGCAACAUUGUGAAUGAAAUCAUUUAUCAAAUUCAAUCAGGCACGCGAACUGGGGAAGAUUGCGUUAACAGCAGCCCGGGGAAGUCGGGAAUUCCCGAAGGUACUACCCAACGUUCAGGAAAUGCGGAAGAUUCGGCGGUGCUGCGGGAUGUGCACAAUCGUAACGUGGUCGCUCGCAUGAAGACACUGUUCGAGCAGCCGAUGGGGCGACCCCAGAUGACCUCCGUGAAGUUUGCCACCACGCCCGAGAGGCAACCAUCACCGGCGGCACCGGAAUCAACGCCACGGCGACAUUUCAGCAACGUUGUGAACAUUCUUCGCCGCAUCGAACCCAACUCCUCGUACGGGUCGCGCUCCAUCAGUGCUAGCCUGGAGAACCUGAGGCCUGCCGGUGCUGCAGGGUACCCGAAGGCUUCCUCCGAACCUCCCACAGUGAUCCGAAUGCGACGACGCAUCCGCUCCCAGCAAAGUUUGUCCGAAUCGGUCGAGGACAUCCUGGAGUCGGAACGGUUCUCCAAACGCUUGUCCCAGUACUCGAUCAGUGAUCUGCUGGACGAAGAUGAGGCAGAGAGUGGAAAGCAACCGCUGGAGCGAUAUAGUGGAGAAGCCAAGUACGAUCGGGUGUCGCGAGGUCUCAAAACACUUUCCACCUUUUCCCUGUCCGAGUUGCUGCAGGAUGACGAGAUGACGACGGUUGAUGGGGCGGAAGCAGAACCGGAAGUGGUACUGCGCAAAUCGAAACCUAGCGCGACGCCCGCCACCUAUCGCAAUGCCGUCGAUAACAUUGAGCAAAUCCUAAUUGCGGAGAACCUAUCGAAAGACUACUGGAAGUACUCCAUCUCGAACCUGCUGGACAACAUGGAGGAGGACGGUGGUAUCGUGUCGCUGCAGUGA